AGCAGCCCUACAGGCGCACCACUUCCUCUCACGUUUGGAUUCCUUUACUUUCUGAGUGUCUCCGGUUACUGCUGCCUCUGCGGGUACCACCACAGUGCUGAGCUGGACAAGGAUACACCCUCACCUCAGCAUCUCUCCAAACUGCCACAUAAAUAAGAAGACUUUUUCCCUCUCUUGCUUUUGUAACUGCUACUUGCAGAAAAAGUUCACUCCUCUCUCUGCUGCAGCAUCUGAGGUGCGCCACUGAAGUUACCUGCGCUGCAGGAGAUCAUCCCCCAGUGUGUGAGGAGCCACCGAUGGAGCUUUGACUUCUUAUUCCUGCAGACUCAAACUAACAGAGGAUACUGGGAUACUCACAGAUCCAAGCUGCUGCGCGCUCAAAAGGAGCUUUUGGGCAAAUGCCAUUGCGAUGCUGUGGAUGUGACUUCAGACAACAGCUUCACUACGGUACAGUCCUGUAAAGCACAAUGAAAGACGACUUUGCUGAUGAGGAGGAGGUGCAGUCCUUUGGUUAUAAGAGGUUCGGAAUUCAGGAGGGUACAGAGUGCACCAAGUGUAAAAAUGACUGGGCUCUGAGGGCGGCUAUUGCACUGCUCUAUGUGCUCUGUGCCCUGCUCACCAUAGCAGUGGCUGUCCUCGGAUACAAAGUGGUCCAGAGAAUGGACAAUGUCACAGAGGGCAUGCAGAAUUAUGGAGGCAAGAUCAACGCUGUAGAGACAGAUUUGAAGAAACUAGAUGAUCAGGCAGGAGAAAAGUCGGUUAAUGCCACAAGUGACAUCAAGACUUUCAAGUCAGAUCUGGAGGCCUUACAGAACAAACUGAAUGAUAUUGCCCUCAGGGCAACCAGAAACAGGGACGUGCUGGAUGAGCUUCAUCUCACAGGAGACGACAUGCAAAAUGGCCACGUCUCCCUGCAGAAUUUUUUGCAAAGCAAUGAGGCCUCACUACGUGGAGUCAACCAGACCUUGGCCUCCUACGGUGACAUGAUUGACAGCCUCCAGACAGACACCGCAUGGCUUCAGUCAGAGAUACAGGGCCAGGUCAAAGUGCAAAGCGAGACCCAGGUUAGUGUCAGUGCACUAAACAUCACCCAGUCCCAGCAGCGCAGUCUGCUCAGCACACUGCAGAAGACAGUCGAAGAUGCGGGCCAGGCGGUGCAGAAACUGAAGAAUGACUAUCAGGGACUGCAGCAGACAGCCAGACAGACACGCUCUGACACAGAGUGGCUAAAAGAAAAGGUCCAGAACCUCCAGGUUUUGGCAGCCAACAACUCGGCCCUGGCCCGUUCCAAUGGAGAAGCUCUGGAUGACUUGGGGGCUCAGCUCAGCACACUAGCCAGCCAAAUCCAGAACACCUCAGCUGUUAGUGAGGAGCAUGGCCAGAGCCUGCAUGAGCUGAUGGACCACCAGAGAGAUCACGAUAACACCACCUCAUCUAAGUUUGAUGAGAUGGAGGCACGAUUGGACAGACAGGAGAAUGACAUGGACCGUGUGACUGGAAACGUGAGUUUCGCCGCGCAGAUCCUAGGCGCCAUCAGCUCCGACCUAAAUGGCCUGAGGUUUUGCGCUGAGACAGUGAUGCGACAUUCAGAUCUGAUAGUGGGGCUGAACACCAGUGUAACAGAGGCCAAUGCAGACAGCAAAGAGCUGCACACCCAGCAAGAUGAGCUGGCGGCCAGGUUGGACAAAGAGGUCAAUAACCUCUCCAUGGUGAUGGAGGAGAUGAAGCUGGUGGACAGCAAGCACUCACAGCUCAUCACCAACUUCACCAUCCUGCAGGGUCCACCAGGUCCAAGGGGCCCCAGGGGGGACAAAGGUCCCCAGGGGCCAGUGGGCCAGACAGGACAAAAGGGUGACAAGGGAGACAAAGGAAUGCCAGGGGUGGUGGGACCCAAAGGAGAGAAAGGUGCUCUUGGACCAACAGGUGCGACAGGUCCAAAGGGUGCAGCUGGGUCUCGAGGUCUUCCAGGGGCUAAAGGAUCAAGGGGGUCUGGAGGUCGACCUGGAAACCCUGGGGAAAAAGGUGACCCUGGGGUGCCAGGGAUUCCUGGUAGGGAUGGACUGUCAGGGUUGCCAGGACCACAAGGGCCACAGGGGCCCAGAGGAGCAGCAGGACCUGCAGGGCUCGAGGGGCCUCGUGGGCCUGUUGGACCCAUUGGUCCUCCCGGUCCUCCAGGGCUACCAGGGCUACCUGCGCCUGCACCUCCGCUUCCAAAGCCUCCUCAGCCCACUCAGCCCACUAAGGUUCUUGCAACCCCCAAACCACCACAGCCUCCUAAACCACCUCAACCCCCCAAACCACCACAACCCCCCAAACAACCUCAACCCCCCAAACCACCUCAGCCUCCCAAACCACCUCAACCCAAACCAGCAGCGCAACCACAAGGCUCUGUGUCCCGGCAGAUCCAGCCCUCUGCUGCUGCUGCUCCAGUGCCUGUUCCAGGCUGCCCUCCCGACUUCAGAAAAUUUGGAGACAGCUGCUAUUACUUCUCUUCUGGUUCUCAGAGGCUCAACUUUGACGAGGCCAAGCAGUUUUGUGCUAACAUAUCAUCUCUAAUGCUUAUUAUUAACGACAAUGAGGAACAGCAAUUUGUGAGAGAUGCAAUUGCGGGCAAGGGCUAUUUCUGGCUGGGCCUCAAUGACAGGGAGGAGGAAAAUGUCUGGAAAUGGGUGGAUGGAACCUUACCUGUUUUCAAGAAGUGGAAGCCUGGACAGCCAGAUAACUGGACCCAUGGCCACGAAGAUGGCGAGGACUGUGCUGGCCUUAUCCAUAAUGCCAACUGGAAUGAUUUCUACUGCACUGACCGCAUCGGCUUCAUCUGUGAACUUGCCUCUGACCUGAAAGUUCCAGUUUUAUAGCAUCCAUUUAAGACAGUGUGAGCUGUCUGUGGGAGAGAGGUGAAAAGGCCGAAGUUGAGGAUGAAGAUGUGAGGAUAAUGAAGGACGUGAGGAGGAGCUCUAGAUGAUUAGAGGACUCUGCUAACGCCAGCUCAGUCAGGCAUCACUGAGACUCGGACUGAUCUUUGUCUGAAAGGCACUUUACAACACAGUAUGGUGCAGAAGACAGAGCAUGCACAGAGCCAGCCCACUAUUGUAUUGAUUAACGUUUGUACUGAAGGAAACAUGAGAAUGUAGGGAUUUAUUUAGGCUGUACUUAGUCAUUAUUUUGGGCAGCCGCUGUUGUACAGGUGUAUCUGUAAAUAAUAUUUCAUAAUAGGAGAUACAUUGUGGGUUCGGAUUGAAUUUCCUAUUGUUUUAUUCCUUUGCUGCCUUUUAAAUCUUUACACUUACAAAAAAAUCUAUAUCAGAGGAUUAUCUUUUUAAUAAAGUGGAACUAUUUUUAUACCGUCAAAUACUUCACUAAGAAAUAAGCUCCUGGGAAAAUGAAAAGCACCGUCUCACCAUCAGCAAAUGACUGCAGGCUCAGAUAAUAAACAGAAGCAAAGCUAGUGUAAAUUUCACCUUUAUACCCACUGGAAAAUCAAUAUCAUUUUCUUUCUUUUUUCCUUUUUGAGAAUAGAUGCUCGUUGUGAGCAGUGCUGCUGUUUUAUGAAGGACAGUAUUGCUUAAACUUUAGACUGCCAGUAUGAAUUUUAUACAGUUUGAGGCACAAAUAAACAAUAUGUACAUUUUUUGUAAUGUAGCCGUCGUACGAUGAUUUGUUCAUAUGCCAAAUACAAUAUGUGAAAUAUGUUACAUGUUUAUAAUUUGCAUAAUCGGUUGUUAUUGUUGUAUGAUUGACCUUCUCUGAUUCAUAUCAUGCUUAAGGACUGAGUAGCAGUUUGUAAUCUGGCUCAAGACUCAUUAUGCCUUAAUUAAACUGCCGAAUUCCUAUGGAUCACAAUAAACUGGG